AUGGCGCUGUCACCAUAGACAUAUGCCUAUAUUUGUCACAUGGUACGUGCAGUUUUUCUCAGCGCUGGUCAGGUUGGGCAACUAUUUUAAACAGUUUCAUUGAGAUUGGUGUCACAACUGUGACAGAAAAUGCGGAAACGCACAGGACUCCUGUCGAGCAGCUGUAGCAGUAUACUCACAUAUCACAGUCACAACACGACAAUUAAUAAUCACCUGUUUGACUGCUUUAUUUACUUUUUAUACACGCAACAGUCCGUGCUUGACGAGUAUGAGUUAGUAGUUUGGAUUUAAGCCACUAAAGUAAACUUCCGACGGACAGGUUAGCGUCUAACUUGCAGCCCGAGCUCAUAGCUAGCUCAGUAUGCUAAAAACAACGUAAACUUAUUAUUAUUUUCACAUCUUACCAUUAGUAAUUGUAAGGUUCCUUAUGUUUCCCUUUCUGAAAGAUCGACACGUUCAGCUGUAUAAAUGAGAUGGAGUACCCGAUUAUAAUUCUGUUUUAAAUGUGGAUGUUUGUGAUAAAAUGGAUAUUUUGAUUAAUCGAUUCACCAAUAAAAUGAACAAUAACAUCAGCAGGCUGCAUUGUAAUCCGUACGAGGAUGACUCAGGGGCUUCUGGGGUUUUGCUGAACUCAGGCUGUCAACCCGUGAGCCCAACCAAAAGAAAACACCAUGAAAACGAAGACUCUGAUGAAGAGCACAUGAACAAAAUGAGAUCACAUCUGAGAAAUCCAAAUGGAGAGGCUGUAAAUCAGGAGUCAUGGAAUUACAGUUCAUUUGGACAGGCGUCUCUGAGCGCUCUUCAUAGUCAUCAUGUAUUCACACCUUUCCCCAUUUUUGCGGUGGAUCAACCCAUCGAGAUGACCAAAGAGAGCUCAGAUCCUACUAGGAGCAUGCUUCUUAUUCCUGGAUCCGGCACAAAACCACAGCAGGUCAGACUUGCACAGUCUGAAAUAAACCGUCCAUCUGUAAUCACCUGUGCCCCUACCAGCAACCGGCCAUGCAGUCUUUCCAGCUGCCACAUGUCCCCUAACAGCUGCACAUCUGGAUCCACCAACAAGACCAACGCAAACCCUGAGUGUGACCCUGUGAUUGAGGAGCACUUCCGCCGCAGUCUGGGCCAGAUCUACGAGGAGCCCGUGCCUGUCUCUAACUCAGUGUCCAUCACAGGCUCAGUGGAUGACCACUUCACUAAAGCACUGGGGGAUGCCUGGCUACAGAUCAAAGCCAAGGGCAGUGGCGGUACAGCACCGAACCAAGAGGGGCGAUGUUAGCCCUGUUCAUGUUAGCUCACUUCAGAGGUGUAGUCAAGACCCAGACCAUGACUGGACUAAGAUUGCAGCAUUCAUUUCAGUAAUAUUCAACAGCUGUCUUAUUGAAAAUAGGAAUUUUUCUGUGUAUUUGAGCAGCUAAAUGCACAAGAGUUAAGCUUAAAGUAUACAUAUGUUGCUGGUCCACGUUCUGCCCGAUGCACAGCAUGUGAGUACCAAAUUGAGUUAUCCUUCACGGCUUGUUGAGCUAUAAAUAACUUUUUAAUAUAAAACAAGUCAUGCUCUUCACGUUUUCCAUGUCUCUUUGUCUAAUGUGUGAAUAACUGUAAGCAGCACUGCCAACAGAUAUAAACAAUAUAGCAAAAUCUCUAUGUACCGACACACUGCUGUGUCAGAGGAAACCUGACAUGAAAAAAGUUUGAUUGUUGACUUAUCCCUUGUUCAGUAAAGUCAAAUAAAUGAAAAGGUGUUAAAACAACUGUUAAAUAUUACUGAAAUGAAUGCUGUAAUAAAUACAGCACCUUGAUUCAUUAAGAAUAUACUGCCUGCUUCUUGAACAAACAGGCCUGGUCUGGAUCUCAGGGAUAGAUCUCGUUCUGGAUCUGGUCUUGAAGGGUCUAAUCUUGGUCUGGUCUCUAGGGGUCUAGUCUGGAUCUGGGGGCCUCAUUUAUAAAGCAUGCAUACGCACAGAUUUGAUCUUAGAGUGUGUGUAUGCAUAAAUCCACGCCAACAUUCAUAUUUAUAAAAACAGUCUGAUGUGGAAAAGUGCUUAGCGCCACGUCAGUGUCUGAACAGACGUACGCACUUUUCCUUGUCAGUGUACUGCAGGUCUAAUCUUGGUCUGGGUCUAGUCUGGAUCUGGGUCUUGAAGGGUCUGGGGCCUCAUGUAUAUUUCAUCCUAAAAGUGUGUGUAUGCACAAACGCUAGAUUGCAGCAGAAGUUGUACAGUACUGUGUCAUCGGACUUACUCAAACCAGCCAAUCAACGAGUGAGUCCUUCGGUGUGGUGUCUGUCAUUAUACUGUCGUCUAUGUUGCUAUACCAUCUGCUUAGACGGAGUCAAGCAAGCAUUACUGAUCAUUAUUCGUGCAAAAAUAUUUUCUCAGAACAUGAUUUCUGCUAUUUAAGAAGUGAAAUUAUCAUGCGCCAAAGCAAUCCUAGCUGUAGUUAAAACAUUAAAACACAGCAUGCCACAGGAAAAGUGUUUAGAAGCAGCGCAUCCACUGUUAUUAAAAUUCAUAUAAAAAUGUUGUAACUUCUGGAUAAUGAUUUCAUGAAAUUUCAGUGCUUAACUCCAUUAAGAAGAGUGGCAUAUUUAAUCUAAAUGUGUAUAUCAGAUGUAAAACAGAGUUUAAUCAUUCUGUUUACUUCAAUACUUUGCUCACUCCAGUAAAAGAGUCUUUUACUGGAAUAUUUUACUUCGCCUGGUUUAUUUUUAAAAAUCCCGAUAUGUGCGUGGAAAAUUGCGUUCACACAUUUCUAUGACCAUUUUGUGCGUACGCAGUGUUUAUACACCAGGCCCCUGGUCUUGACUACACCUGUUGAUGAUGGCCAACCAAAGAAACACUCCAUUGUAGUUUUAUUAACAUCAGAGUGUAGUGUCUUUGGAGUUUACACUACAAAUCGGAGUGUUUCAGUAAGUGUCAUCUGUUAAGGUGUUUCAUGUUUGAGCCGAGCCAUGAGUCAUGAUCUAUCGGACAGACAUUCAAGUGCUUUUACCUAACUGUGUCCAAAGAUUGGAAACCCAAAAUCAAUAGAAAGAAAGCAGGAUUUUUACUUUAUUUUAGUGUUUUUUUUGCAUAAAGAACCCCAAAACAGUAACGUUUUGUUUUGUGCUGUGCCAUUAUUUUCGUGAAAACUGAGCACGUUUCCAAAGUCAGUACAGCGAAUGCUGCCAUGAUAAAUGCUUACAGUUGGAUUAAAAUCUGAUUGUCAUAAAAUGAGGUCGUUGUUCAAAAAUUCUAAAUAGUUCCAAGCAAAAUGUAAUGAGCUUGUUUUUGGAGAAGUGUGGCCUGGCUUUGCUCAGGGUCAGGGACAUUCACUUUUCUUUAAUGCGUGACUUUAUCUGUUUUACAUUUUCUUUACGCUCUUCUCUCUGAUUUAUUUGUCAUUGACAUGAUCAAGAUAAGCAACUGCUGGGACAGUGUUUUCUGUAUUGUUCUAACAAGUCUGAUGAGCUGUGUAAGCGGCUAGUUUGAUUGAGUUUCAGCUCUAUGGACCCCUUUUCUCAUUUCUGCAAUGAUCAACAAAAUUAAAUCUAGAAAAGUGUUUUUUUUAUAUAUAUAUUUUCAAUUAAAAAUGUAUUACACUAUAUUUUAUGUUUUAUUAUGCUGGCAUUAAAUUACAAAAAAAAUAUAGUCGACACUGCUGUGGUUACUGAGAGAGUUACUGUAAACUUGGCAUCUUUGUAAUCCACCUCUUUCGGAAAGUCAUGGAAACACAAUAGUGGACUAUCUUCUUCUGUUGCAGAAUUUGUUUGUUGGCCUUUUUUGGUUAUUGUUUGUUGACUUUUAGUAAGCAGAACUAUUUUCAAAUAAGGUAGAUGUUUUGUGUGUGUGUGUGUGGUGUCAUAAUGCAGGACAUACACUAAAUUAGUUUAUUCCCUCAUCUCUUGUCUUUCUUUUUUUCCUUUGUGAAGCAAUACAGCUUUGUUCAGAAUGUAAAAUAUGACAAUCAUUACGCUGUGUGUGAUGAAUAAAUAUAUAGUUUCUCAUAA